AUGCCCUCACUUGUUCCAAUAACUACAAAUCCUAGGACUAUCACUCCGCUUAAUGGUUCUACCCCAGAUGUAUCCCAAUUUGGAUUCGGCCAAUACCAGAGUAUAGGGUCAAAUUAUGGCUUGUAUGGAGGUUACAUGCAACCACAAACAAUUGGCAGCAAUCAUCGAGGCAUCAACGAAAAGCUGAGGAUAAUAAUGGGGUUAAAAUCAGGAAUACCAUCUGAAAUUGAUUGGGCGUUGAUGAGUUUGGCAAGAAAUUCAAUCCAGCCUUACUUGCAAUUUGAAGAAGAUACAUUUAUCGCCCAUGAAUUAAUUAAGUAUUUGUAUCAACCUUUUCAUUUGAUACAUGAUAAAAAGUAUAAUUUAGUGAAUCAGAGCAUGCUUACUCACAGUCUAGAUGCACUUUUGACUUUGCGAAAUUCCGUUCAAGACUUGAGUAAUCAGCAAUGGUUGUCACAAAUUGGCAGUUUCAAAAAACAAUUGAUUGAUAUCUUGAAAUUCUUGUCGAACUGGCUUUUCCUGUCCGGAAAGCAAAUAAAUGAACUAUCCGGUUUCGAAGACCAGUUUUCAGAAGCUUUAACAUACAUUAUUGACUUAUUAGAGCCCUUGACGUGUUAUUACAUCAACAAUUCAAAGAAUGAUGUACUUUUUAACGCGUUGAUGCAAAUACUUUGUGUGACGGAUGAUAAAAACCUAUUUAUAAACAUUCUAAAGUGUAUUUCGCAUUUGCUUAUCACGUGGCACAAGAAUUCCAAAGGUUCUGAUGAAGAUGACGACAAUAUUGAUGAUGACGACCAAACUUUGGACCAGGAGGAAGAUGACACCAAAGUCACAAAUAACUGCGUUGAUGCUAUAACAGAUCAACAAUUAGAACACGUAAUCAACACCUUGUUAGUUGGUGACAACGAUUUGAACAAUGCAGUGUUGGACUUUUUGAAGAUGUACCUCUUUUCGGAAGCUUUACAUAAGGACCAUCCUAAUUCUGUAAAGGACUCACAACGAUUAAGAUUAAAGAAUUUGUUACAACUAGCAACUACAAAAUCUAACUAUGAAACAUUGGUCAAACAGCUUCCUUUGCUACUCGUGUCAAACCUUCCAUUAAUGGAGCCCGUAGAUCCACAACCAGUCCCAAACACGUUUCUUACCAGACGUACUCAACACUCAAAUGCUCCCCUUUCCGCACCUGAAUUGACCAAAGAUUUGUAUAGGAUCAUGCUUCAAUUCCCAGAGCCGGCAAGGGCAACCACGUGGUUACAUUGUUGCUACGAACCAACAACAAGCGAUAAAGUUGAAGUGACACAAAUUUCAAUUUGGAAAUCUUAUGAAACCCAGUUUCAAGAAAUCUGGAAAGUCGAUGGAAGAGAACGAAACCCAAAUUUGCAUCCAUUGUUACCUGCCGUUGAUUUCAUCAAAAAUGUAACCAAAGCCUUUCCAAAUGCCGAGGCAAAAGUGUUAACCAUUCAGGAUGAAGGAGAAGAACAAUCAAGAAAAAAGUUUAUCAUUCAAGGUAUACAGCCUAGACAAUUUCCAGUUAGUAUAGAAACAGGGAAUUACGAAGCGUUGAAAUCGUCUUCGGAAAUCUUACAACAAGAAGGUUCGACAACUUUACCAAUUGGCCAUUUUGAUUCAAGGGGAUUUGAAAAUUUUGUUGCUUCCGAGCUGGAACUAAUCUUAAGCGAGGAAAACAAAGUAGUCCAAUCACAUUUGAAUUCGAUCAAUGAGUCAAGUCGCGAUAUUUUGGAGUAUAUUAUCAAAGAGAUUUUAGAAAGGGAACAUGACCAUGAUCAUGCAGCAUCUAAUCUUUUCAGGCUACACAACAGCUACUGGUUACCUGACUUGGUUUACGCCAAUCCCUCGUUAGUUGAGUCCGGGAUCAUCAAUAGCAAAUGGCUACAAUAUCUUCUAUAG